CGUUUGGGACACUUUUUAACACAACAAACCCGAUUGUUAUUGUUGUGUCCGUCGAACCCGGUCCGGUCAGCAGCUGGUGUCGCUAGAGAGUCGACAGGUGGCAGCACCGAGCCGCCGACACGAGCAAGACGAAGAAGAACAAAAACAAGAAGAAGAAGAAGAAGAAGAAGAGUUGAACGCGGACCCGUCAACACGCAGCUGCGGUUUGUUUCCGUGAACCCAAACACAGAAUGGAGAACCCGGAGCUGUCCUUCACUCUGGCCUACGUCGUGUUCUCGCUCUGCUUCGUGUUCACCCCCAACGAGUUCCGCUCGGCCGGGCUCACCGUCCAGAACCUGUUCUCCUCCUGGCUGGGCAGCGAGGACGUAGGCUUCAUCCAGUACCACGUCAGGAGGAGCAGCCUGACGGUCCUGAUCCACUCCGCGCUGCCCCUAGGUUACUACUUGGGAAUGUGCAUCGCUGCUCCAGAGAAGAACCUGGGAUACGUCCACCAGGUGAGUGACAGCUGGAGAACCUUUCUCCUGCUCUCCCUCUGCCUCCAGUUGGCCAGCUGGACGCUGGUCAUCUACUGGUCCCGCCGCCGCUGGCACAACCACCCCAUCAGCCAGGUGCUUCAGGCCCACGUCCGGCCUCCUCAGUCCAGCUGGGGCUCCGUGGCCACCAACAUCAACACCGAGUUCAGACGCAUCGAUAAGUUCGCCUCAGGGGCGCCGGGAGCCAGAGUUAUUGUGACCGACAGCUGGGUGCUGAAGGUGACCACCUACCACAUCUACAUGGCCCUACAGAGUGAAUGUCAUGUAACCGUGACAGACUCUAGACAGCACCAGCUGAGUCCAGACUCCGCCUCCCCCACAGAGAUCCUGACCCUGAGAGUGGACAGCAUCAAUCCUGCUGUCAGACCCUUCAACAUCAGGCUGAACUCUACAGAGUACGCUGAGCUCAGGGAGAAGCUCCGAGCUCCCAUCAGAAACUCUCCCAAUGUGGUGAUCCACCAAACCAUCAGCGAGCUGUUCCUGGAGACAUUCAGAGCUCAGGUGGACCUGAAUCAAACGUACACACUCCCCAGUGGACAGGAGGUGGAGCCCUGCAUCGGCUGUAUGCAGGUUCCAGCCCACACCAAGCUGGUCCGACUGUGCCGUGCAGCAGGAGCUGAUCAUGAGUCUGAGUGCCAGCAGUGCUUCUGCAGACCCAUGUGGUGUCUGUCGUGUCUGGGUCGAUGGUUCGCCAGCCGUCAAGACCAGCAGAGACCUGAGACCUGGUUGUCUAGCAGAGUCCCCUGCCCCACCUGCAGAGCCAAGUUCUGUAUCCUGGACAUCUCCUUGGUCCAGUGACAAACUGACGUUGUCCUCUCAGAGUAAUGUGGAGGUGUGUUUGUAUGAAGCCUUCAGCAGCACACCUCUGCAGGUGGAGCUGACAGGACAUCAGACUGAACUGAAUCCUGCACUUGCUUCUUCUGUUCUUUAAUUGGGGGUCAUUAUUUAGAGCAGGGGGGUCAGACUCCUCUCCAUCCUGUUCCACAUCAGCGUUGUUGUUGCCCUCAGAGGGCCGGUUCUAACGUUAAGAUUAUAUAAAUGUAACGGCUCCUUAACAUGCUGUUCCACAAUCGUCUCUGCAUUGAUUCUUUUUUAUUCAAUGUAUAAAUAUUGUGCAUGCGUUUACAUAGAAGUCAAAUCUAUGUGGGCACAUGGCUGUAUUGUUGUAAUAUAUAGUUUAUAUUAAUGAUGAUAUCAGUUUUUGGUCAGCCCUUCCCCUUAUUCUCAUCCAGGUAUUCAUCCACCAUGUAGCUGAUGAGCAGCUGUGUCUGCAUAACCUAGUUAUUACUUUCAGUGAUACAACACUUGGUUUUGUAAAAUAGUUAAAUCUGAAAAUACAUUUAUUUUGUCACCA